AUGUCGGAAAAAAGUUUCUUCGAAAUCUAUAUACUUAAGAACUGGAAGGUUUAGCUAUUUCCUUGUGUUGUUGGAUUACUCCUUUGAAUCUGAUCAUGGCGUUUUUGUUCAACAACGCUUCAAUUUCGUCGCAUCUCCGUUCUACGUCUUCACAGAAGACGGGUGAUGCGUUAUUACUAUCGCGUCGGGGAUUGCACAUCGAGCCAGGAACUCGAGAGAAAGCUCUCUUGGCUGAAGAUUCUGCUUUGAAGAGAUUCAAGUCUCAUAAGAAAAGUGUGCACAAACUGAAGAGGAUUGGAGAUGUGCUCACAGUCGUUGUUGUUGGAGGAUGCUGCUAUGAAAUCUUUGUCAAAGCUGCCAUGAGAAAAGAAGCAAUGGCUGCAGGAAAAAGCUCAUGAGUCUGUCUUACUUGUCUUUUUUUUUUUUUGUGUGCCUUUUUUUAUCCUAUUCAAUUCAAAACACGGACGAUAGUUUAUGUAAUAAUAUUUUUUUUUAAAUUAAGAUCAGUCGGUUUAA